UUGAGCUGUUGGAUGCUGUUCAUUCUGUACUGAUAGUGUCCGGUCCAACCGGGCAAAACAACCUAGCGCGAAACAACCUAGGGCGAACAGGAUUUCAGGCAAAACAACCCGAAACCGUCCACACCAGACAUCUAUAUCUGUCAAAAUGUCUAAAGUCUGGAGUCAGGGCCAGAGGAAACUUCGGCUAAUUCCAGGGGUGCAGAGAGUUUAAAUUCACCCUGGAACCAAUGUGACAACCAUUGAUGCCUUCAGUGGAUAUGAGAGCUUACAACCGUUAUGGACCCAGGUGUACAAAAUCAAGGAAAUUGUCACAGGCAUCAUGAAUGAACAUCCUGGUGGAGUUCAUAUGAUAUGCUUUUCACAGGGUGGAUUGGUUUGUCGUGGUCUACUCUCGGUAACCAGACACAAUGUUGACACAUUCAUAUCCCUGAGUUCACCACAGGCAGGCCAAUAUGGAGACACUGCCUAUCUGAAGUAUCUGUUUCCACAUUUUGUAAAAAAAGAAAUUUACAGGUAUUUCUACACCAGUUUUGGACAACAUUGGUCUGUUGGUAACUAUUGGCAUGAUCCACAUCAUGAAGAACUAUACAGAAAUCAGUCUGUGUUCCUGGCACUGCUGGACAAUGAUACAAACUCGGCACACAAUAUAGAUUUCAAGAAUAAUUUUCUACGCCUAAAGAAUCUGGUUUUAAUUGGUGGACCUCAUGACCAAGUGAUUACUCCCUGGCAGUCGAGUCAAUUCGGAUUCUUGAAUGGAACAGAACAUAUCUUAGAAAUGCGGCAACAGCAGUUUUAUGUGAAGGACUCCUUUGGAUUGAAGACAUUGGACAGAAGAAAGGCAAUCCAUACAUACACUAUACCAGGGAUAGAACAUGUGAUGUGGUACCGAGAUCAGAAAGUAUUUGACUGUUGUAUCAAACACUGGCUCACAUAGAUAAAAUGAAAUCUUGGGAUAAAACACACACACUGUUUUGUUGAAGACUGACUUGAAGUUGGUCAUUGUUUUAAGCAACUAGUCUGAUGAGAUAUUGAUCUGAGAUUAAUGAUUUGUAGUUAUUGUUUUUUUCUUUCCUAUAUAUUUAUUCAUCAAGCACUUGUAAAAUGAUGAAGAAUUGAUGUGAUCAGAAGAUGCUGGGAACAAAUAGUCAACCCAGGCACGAUUUUAUUUUCUUUGAAGUCAAUCAGUAUAGUCACCUCAUUGAAACACCGUUAUGGUCUGUUCCAUCUUAAAAUCUGAGUCGGAAUUGUAAAUGUCUGUAUAGUGAAUUAAUCACAAGUAGGUUUUGAUAAAGUUUGUAAACUAUUGAUCAACUGUCAUCUGUCUGAAGACAAAGGUGAUCACUUAACAUUGUCAUAAAUUUUGAAGAAUCUGUAUUUCCUCUACGUUUUUUGAUAUGCCUUAUGAAUAUGUAUAAGCCUACGUCAGCAGGUAUCACCAUAUACCGAUGCUUAUAUUGUGUUUGUACCUCUACAACAGUUUAAACAUUCCAUACUUUUACCUUCUGUCGCUGUUAGCAUGGGUAUACACCUAAAUAUGUAUAGUAUGUCUUGUACACUAUGUUCUGUUAAUAUUUGUAGAAAUUAUUAUUGAAAUUAAAUAUCAUGUAUAUUCAGGUUAAUAACAAGGUCACAUUUUAGAUUGAUCAUAUCAUGAUCUAGACAUACAGUUUAACAAUUGUGUAAAUAUUGUGUCUAUGUCGAUUGUAUUACAGGUGCACGACCUAAAAACUAGACUAUACAGUGGAUCCAUCAAGUUAGUUUAAAAAAAAAGUAGAUUUAAUUUUCAACAAGCUAACAUUCAAGUAAUAUUUUUCUAAAUAAAAGCAUUUUGAAAAUCCAAAUUUCUAGAAUACCUAUGGCAAGAAUAUCAUGUAUGCCUCGCUGUGAUUUUACAUGUGUGAUGCUGCUGCUUGCUUUUACAUUAAUUGUGUGUUAGACAUGUGCUUGUUAUUACAACUUGUUACGAAUACCCCACCUGUACUACCAUAGGGAAUUAUAGGUUUGCCCUCCAUCAACUGGUGUGUCACUUUGUCCGAGACAUAUAUCUGAUAUACUUCAACUACUUUUGAGGACAACUCGUACACAUUUUACACCUUUGUGUGCAUACACUUCACUAGUUAUUUGACUGAUGAAGGUGACAGUGUACAU